AUGUCCGACGACGACGACUCCGACGAAGCGGAAAAGGAAUCUGUCGGGUUCGCCUGGACUUCGCAGACGUGCCAGAUACGCAUCGUCGUUUUCCUGUUCGUGCUUUCGAUUUUGCUGGGUGCUCUCACGGCGUACAUCAUCCUCCCCCGUCUGAAAGAAGACUGCAAAAAAUACCACUUGAGAAAGCAGCUGUCCAAAAACAAGCGAGGUUUGGCGAUCCCCGUGCGAAACCGUACCGGCAGAGGUGGCAGCGGCAAGUCACCGGCGACGAGCAACGGCGCGACCACCGUCUCCAGCCGCCUUUAUAACCUGACGAGAAACAAUGCUUCGUUUUCAAGCGAUACCCGAGGUCUCUCUUCGGCAACUCCUCCAGAUAAACGUACACGAAGUUCCCUAGAUGACGCGGCUGGAGACUUGAGUGUCCUGCCCAUCGACUUUCGUCCUGACAACGAAAGCGAUAGCGAAGACGUCGUGGUUAUUGUGGGAUCGGAUCGAACGCCGGUGAUGGCUACCACUACCGCCGAGGUCACAGCGGAAGACGAGCUGAACUUCAUUACCAUGACCACAUUAGGUGAGCUGUCGAAGUCCGCAUCGCUCGAAAACGUUGACCAAAACGCAGUCCAGACUACGGCGACGGGUGCUUUACGAGAUGAUACCGAAAAAUUCCGCCUCGAAGAGAACACUACAAUGAGCAGGUAUGCAGAAAGAAGCUCGGAAACAGCUUGGGCCGAAACAUUUGUAGCUGCUUUGUCCACCAGCACCGCGGCCGCGACGUCAUCUGAUGUUUUGCCCUUAGGCAAGAACUAUGGCGGUGGCUUUUCCGAAGCUGAGAUCACUAGUGAAUACUACCCACUAAGUGAAGCUCGAGCAACUGAUAAUGCCACGAAUGUCUCGGUAGCAACUGGUCAGGACGCACCGGAAGACGAAAACAAACAGACAAGCGACGCAGACGUCAUCAGCAGCUUCAGCGGCAGCGGAGCCUCUACAUGGCCGAGUGAGUUUUUCGAGACCAUCCUAUUAUCCAGCACUGCUCAGGUUAUGCUAUCCAGUGAGCAGUCUACUGCAACUAGCUCUUUCGGAGACGCCGUCGCGCUCAAUGCCUCCAGAGGACUUGCCACACAAGGUGAAGCCGAUAGUUCUAAUGACGACACGAACGCCUCUGUGGCCAGCUCUGCAGGUACCGCAGCGUUAGAUGAACGCCACGAGCCAAGUCAGGCGUCACUGGCCGGCGGCUUUGGAGACACUACCAGCGACACAUCUGGAAUCGCUUGGUUCAAUACCACGCUGUCAGAAGUGACCGAAUUGAACUCAAUGAUUGAUUAUUCUCCUUCGCGUGACAGCUAUUCCAUCAGUUUUGAAGAGCACAACACUGGCACCCUGGUGACAACUAGCGACAUAACUGAAGACAUGAGCCGACAUUCGUCCCUCAUCGCGAUCGGCGGAAACUUGGACGGCACUACCACCGAUUAUCAAGCAACAAUUCGAGACAGAACAUCUAUCGGCACAGCUAGCGACCCCUCAGACAAUAACGCUGUCCACUUUCAGCAAGAGCUCUAUUCUACAGUUACUGGACAAGAAACACCACUUCAUAACGACACAGGAGGCUUGGGUCAUUUACUUAUAACUCAGGAGCGGAAGCUGUGCUUUUCUGAAAGUGAGGCGACGCCUUCUGAAAGCAGAGGGACGGUUGCAAAUACAGGACCAGACGUUCCACUCACUUCAGUAGUCAGUGUCGCUCAACAAGAGAACGUGACGCCUGAAACUCACCUUCUUAACUUCACGAAAUUCGACAUCGACGCAAGCAGCAAGGGGAACCUUGAAAACGCCAGUGAAUUCGGCACACAUUAUGUUAAUACAAUUAUGGAGCCAUCUUCACGGCCGAGUUAUGUUGUACCUAGCCACAUUAGCGAAGUGACGUCCACUGAGCGAAGUACUUUCGCCAACGCCGACGAUGCUACAACCGGCAGAAGAGAGAUGGCACAACAUACAUCGCUCGACAGCGAAUAUGACGAUAGCACACAAUUUGCAUCAGUAUCAUCGUUAAUCACGAAGCUAAUAUCUGACAAGCUGCCAUUUGAAACGGCAACAGACGAUGACGCUGUGAAGGAGACAGUCUCAGGAGCCGAAUUUGACAUCCCCGUCCGCCAAGCCAAAUAUGAGUCCGAAGCCACGGAGGCUGAAGACUACGACGAUACAGUGAUACCCGAAGUAUCCCCUACGUUCCAGCGAUUAAGCACAGCAGAGACGACUACUACCGCACAUUCGACGGAAACGGACGCAGAUGAAAAUGUGGAAGCAAAUGACAUUACUAGCGGCAUCUGGAAGGCCAAGGAAGCCUUGCAGCAAAGCCGACCGCUCCCAAACAUUGAACGCCUGCGAAAUCUGCAGAGGAAUAUGUUCCGAAAUAUUAAUCGGCCAGCCACCGCUCAAGGCGCCAUGCGACUCGUGCACAGAUCAAACCGGCGUCGGGGUUUCACAGCGCGGCGUCACGCAAAGCACUUCGAGCGUACCUUCGCACCACAGGCCAAGAUUCGCAGUUUGGAGGAGUGA